AUGGCAGAUGGUACUUCAUUGAUAGGCUUGGAAGAAUCAGUUUCUUUAGAAGACUGCUUAUUGAUUUCUGGCUCAAGUAGGUUAGACGUCUUAGAAGUUUUGGAAGUCCCAGAUGUUGAAGCAACUGGAGGGAGAUUCUUUUCUGCCUGA